AUGGCCCAACGGAGCACUGUAUUUCCUUCUCUUGUCACCGAGGAAAGGCGAGUUCGAACGAUGCCCCGACACAGCCAGUCCCUGACCAUGGCACCUUACUCAUCCGUAAGCCUAGUGGAGCAACUGGAAGACAGGAUCCUCUGCCACGAGAAAACCACGGCCGCGCUCGUGGAGCACGCCUUCCGGAUCAAAGACGACAUUGUCAGCAGCUUGCAGAAAAUGCAGAACAAAGGGGGAGGCGACCGCUUGGCCAGGCUUUUCUUGGAGGAGCACAUCAGAAACAUCACUGCCAUAGUGAAGCAACUGAAUCGGGAUAUCGAGGUACUCCAGGAGCAGAUCCGUGCCCGGGACAACAUUAGCUACGGAACUAAUUCUGCCUUAAAGACCCUGGAGAUGAGGCAGCUCUCUGGCCUGGGAGAUCUCCGGGGAAGAGUGGCCAGAUGUGACGCCAGCAUAGCCAGACUCUCUGCCGAGCACAAAACGACCUAUGAGGGCCUCCAGCACUUGAACAAAGAGCAGCAAGCUGCCAAACUUAUCUUGGAAACAAAAAUCAAAGACGCAGAGGGACAGAUCUCUCAGCUUUUAAACAGAGUGGACUUGUCAAUAUCAGAGCAAAGCACCAAACUGAAGAUGUCCCACAGAGAUAGUAACCACCAACUUCAGCUUUUGGAUACUAAAUUUAAAGGUACAGUCGAGGAACUCAGUAACCAGAUUUUAUCUGCACGGAAUUGGUUGCAACAGGAACAAGAACGGAUAGAAAAAGAACUUUUGCAGAAAAUCGACCAGCUUUCCUUGGUUGUUAAGGAAAACAGUGGAGCCAGUGAAAGGGACAUGGAGAAAAAGCUCAGCCAGAUGUCAGCCAGACUGGACAAAAUAGAAGAGAGUCAGAAGAAAAAUAUGGAGGUACAGAGGACAAAACAAGAGGAGGAGAAGGUGCAUGGACGGAUCAGCAAGCUUGAGUUACAGAUGACCGAAGACCUGAAGGAAAUGAAAGCCGAGGUUGAUGCGGGGUUUACCGCCAUCUAUGAAAGCAUAGGAUCCCUCAGGCAAGUUCUCGAAGCCAAGAUGAAGCUGGACAAGGACCAGCUACAGAAGCAAAUCCAACAGAUGCAGAAGCCAGAAGCUCCCAUGUGA